CAACCCCCGCGGGCCGGCGCUCGGCCGCUCUCGCCAGGCAGGGAGGAGCGGGGCACGGCACUCCCCGCAGCCACCCCGGGAAAGUUGCAGCGAAGUGCAGAGCCGCUGCUCCGCUUCUGCCCGUCUCUCUCCCCGACCUCUGCAGGAUGCCCAGCAGCCCCGCGGAGCAGCGGCUGCUGCUGCUGCUGCUCUUCGCCCUGUGCUUGGGGGCGCGCUGCACGGAGCGCACGGCGGCCAAAAGCAGGAGGCAAGCCCAGCAAGUCGUCCAGCCCCCGGUGCCCGGCACGCAGAGCAAACAGGGCUGUUUUGACAAUGGCCGACACUAUCAAAUAAACCAGCAAUGGGAACGCAUUUACCUGGGAAACACACUGGUCUGUACCUGCUAUGGGGGAUCCAGAGGCUUUAACUGUGAAAGCAAGCCUGAACCUGAAGAAACUUGCUUUGACAAAUACACUGGAUCUACUUACCGAGUAGGGGAGACUUAUGAGCGCCCCAAGGAUUCCAUGAUCUGGGACUGUACUUGCAUUGGAGCUGGACGUGGAAGAAUCAGCUGCACUAUCGCAAAUCGGUGCCAUGAAGGAGGUCAGUCCUACAAGAUUGGUGAUACGUGGCGCAGACCUCAUGAGACAGGUGGCUAUAUGCUAGAGUGCGUGUGUCUAGGAAAUGGGAAAGGUGAAUGGACCUGCAAACCUGUAGCUGAGAGAUGCUAUGACAACAAUGCUGGAACCUCUUAUGUUGUUGGAGAGACUUGGGAGAAGCCUUAUCAGGGCUGGAUGAUGGUGGAUUGCACCUGCUUAGGUGAAGGCAGCGGACGUAUUACCUGUACCUCCAGAAAUCGGUGCAAUGAUCAUGACACCAAGACUUCCUACAGAAUUGGAGAUACGUGGAGUAAGAAGGAUAACCGAGGAAAUCUGCUUCAGUGCAUCUGCACUGGUAAUGGCAGAGGCGAGUGGAAGUGUGAAAGACACACAUCCCUUCAUACUACUAGCACAGGAUCUGGGUCUUCUAGCUUUACAGAUGUACGAACUGCACUUUACCAGCCUCAACCCCAGCCCCAGCCAUAUGGCCAGUGUAUAACUGAUAAUGGAGUGGUGUACUCAGUUGGCAUGCAGUGGCUCAAAUCACAGGGCAGCCAGCAGAUGCUUUGUACUUGUCUGGGCAAUGGAGUCAGCUGCAAGGAGAUAGCUGUGACACAAACCUAUGGUGGCAAUUCCAAUGGAGAACCAUGUGUUUUGCCAUUCACCUUUGAUGGGAGAACCUUCUAUUCUUGCACAACUGAAGGCCGAACGGAUGGCCAGCUGUGGUGCAGCACAACCUCAGACUUCGUGCAGGACCGGAAAUACUCCUUCUGCACAGAACAAAACGGUUUGGUCCAGACACGUGGCGGCAAUUCAAAUGGUGCUUUGUGCUACUUCCCCUUCCUGUAUAACAACCGCAACUACACUGAUUGUACUUCUGAGGGACGGAGAGACAACAUGAAGUGGUGUGGAACCACCCCUAACUAUGAUGCUGACCAGAAGUUUGGCUUCUGCCCUAUGGCUGCCCAUGAAGAAGCCUGUACAACCAAUGAAGGUGUCAUGUACCGUGUUGGUGACCAGUGGGACAAACAGCAUGAUAUGGGCCAUAUGAUGAGAUGCACUUGUAUGGGAAAUGGCCGUGGUGAAUGGACAUGCAUUCCAUACUCCCAGCUCAGAGACCAGUGUAUUGUUGAUGAUAUCACCUAUGAUGUUAACCAGACAUUUCACAAGCGUCACGAAGAAGGACAUAUGCUGAACUGCACAUGCUUUGGCCAGGGUCGUGGGAGAUGGAAGUGUGAUCCUAUUGAUCAGUGCCAGGAUUCAGAAACCCAGACCUUCUAUCAAAUUGGGGAUGCAUGGGAGAAGUUCCUUCACAAUGUUAGAUACCAGUGCUAUUGCUAUGGCCUUGGUAUUGGAGAGUGGCAUUGCCAGCCUUUGCAGACCUAUCCAGGUUCAACUGGUCCAGUCCAGGUGAUCAUCACAGAGAGUCCCAAUCAUCCCAACUCCCAUCCCAUCCAGUGGAAUGCACCCGAAUCGUCUCACAUUUCUAAGUACAUUCUCCGCUGGAAACCGAAAAACUCCAGAGUACAUUGGAAGGAAGCCACCAUCCCUGGUCACUUGAACUCCUACACCAUCUCAGGCCUGAAACCUGGUGUAAUAUAUGAAGGACAGCUUGUCAGUGUGCAACAGUAUGGACUCAGAGAACUCACCCGCUUUGAUUUUACUACAGCUGUGAUCAGCAACACAGUUGUUGGAGAGACAACUCCACUUACUCCUAUGGUUGCUACCUCUGAAUCAGUCACAGAAAUCACAGCCAGUAGUUUUGUAGUCUCCUGGGUUUCCGCUUCUGACACUGUAUCAGGAUUCCGUGUGGAAUAUGAGCUCAGCGAGGAGGGCGACGAACCUCAGUAUCUUGAUCUCCCAAGCACAGCCACCUCUGUUAACAUCCCUGACUUGCUUCCUGGUCGCAAGUACAUAGUUAAUGUCUACCAGAUCUCAGAAGAAGGAGAGCAGAACUUGAUCCUGUCCACUUCACAGACAACAGCACCAGAUGCACCUCCAGAGCACACAGUGGAAAGUGUGGAUGACACCUCAAUUGUCGUUAGCUGGAGCAGACCACAGGCUCCCAUUACAGGUUACAGAAUUAUCUAUGCACCGUCAGUGGAAGGGAGCAGCACUGAGCUGAACCUGCCUGAUACUGCUACCUCUGUAACCCUCAGUGAUUUAAUGCCUGGUGUUCAGUAUAAUAUCAGCAUUUAUGCAGUGGAAGAAAAUCAGGAGAGUACUCCUGUCUUUAUCCAGCAGGAAACCACAGGUGUCCCACGUGCAGAUGAUAUUCCUUCACCCAGAGAUCUACAGUUUGUGGAAGUUUCUGAUGUCAAAAUUACCAUCAUGUGGACCCCACCUGAGAGUGCUGUGUCUGGCUAUCGUGUGGAGGUGAUCCCAGUUCACCACCCUGGUGAACAUGGACAGAGACUGCCUAUUACCAGGAGUUCCUUUGCUGAGGUCAUCGACCUUCUACCUGGAACAACCUAUGUCUUUAAGAUCUUUGCUGUGAGCCAUGGGAGGGAGAGCAAACCAUUGACUGGAGAGCAAACCACCAAACUGGAUGCCCCCACCAACCUGAGGUUUAUCAAUACUACUGAAUCUUCAGUGUUGGUGACCUGGACUCCACCACGUGCUCCAAUCUCAGGAUACAGACUGACUAUAGGUCCCACGAGAGGAGGCCAGCCAAGGAACUAUAAUGUGGGACCAUCUGUCAUUAAAUACCUAUUAAAGAGCCUGCAGCCUGGGACUGAGUAUACUGUAUACCUUGUAGCAAUGAAAGGCAACCAGCAAAGCACCAGAGAAACUGGGGUCUUCACAACUUUGCAGCCAGUGGGCUCAAUCCCUCUCUAUCACACAGAAGUGACAGAAACAUCCAUUGUGGUUACCUGGACACCUGCACCAAGAAUUGGUUUCAAGCUGGGUGUGCGACCAAGUCAAGGUGGAGAAGCCCCACGGGAGGUGAUUUCUGAAUCUGGUAGCAUUGUCAUAUCUGGCCUGACUCCUGGAGUAGAAUACAUCUACAGCAUUUCAGUCCUGAUGGACGGCGAGGAGAGAGAGAAUCCAAUCAUCAAGAGUGUAGUUACACCAUUGUCCCCACCAACUACCCUUCAUUUGGAGCCUAACCCAGACACAGGAGUCCUGACUGUAUCCUGGGAUAGAAGUACCACUCCAGGUAUUUCUGGGUACAGAAUUACCACUGCUCCUACCAGUGGACAGCAAGGUUACACCCUGGAAGAAGUGGUCAGUGCAGAACAGACUUACUGCACCUUUGAAAAUUUGAGCCCUGGAGUGGAAUACAACGUCAGUGUGUAUUCAGUCAAGGGCAACCAGGAAAGCAUCCCCAUCUCCAAAACCAUCACACAAGAAGUGCCGCAGCUCACUGACCUAAGCUUUGUUGAUAUAACUGAUACGAGCAUCGGCCUGAGGUGGACCCCGCUAAACUCCUCCACCAUUAUUGGUUACCGCAUCACAGUAGUUGCAGGAGGAGAAAGUGUCCCUAUUUUUGAAGAUUUUGUGGACUCCUCAAUAGGAUACUACACAGUCACAGGCCUGGAGCCGGGCAUUGAUUACGACAUCAGUGUAAUCACACUUAUUAAUGGUGGAGAGAGUGCCCCUACCACUCUGACACAGCAAACGGCUGUUCCUGCUCCAACUGACCUGAGCUUCACCAGUGUGGGUCCCGAUGCUAUGAGAGUGGCCUGGAUUCCUCCAACCUCUAUUGUCCUGAGCAGUUUCCUAGUGCGUUACUCCCCAGUGAAGAAUGAGGAAGAUGUUGCAGAGCUGACUAUUUCGCCCACUGACAGAUCAGUGUAUUUACAAAAUCUCCUGCCUGGCACUGAAUAUCUGGUGAAGGUCUAUAGCAUCUCUGAGCAACAUGAAAGUGUCCCUUUGACUGGUGUGCAGAAAACAGGUAUUGAUUCCCCAACGGGCAUUGACUUUUCGGAUAUAACAGCAAACACUUUUACCAUCCAUUGGAUUGCUCCUCGUGCUACCAUCACUGGCUACAGAGUUCGACACCAGUUGGAGCAUGGUGGUGGUAGACCCAAGGAAGACCGUAUUCCACCUUCUCGGAAUUCCAUCACACUCACUAACCUGGUUCCCGGGUCUGAGUAUGUGGUCAGCAUUAUUGCUUUCAUUGGCAGAGAAGAGAGCUUGCCCUUGGUCGGCCAGCAAUCUACAGUGUCUGAUGUUCCACAGGACUUGGAAGUUACUCCCACCAGCCCCACAAGCCUAAGGAUUUCCUGGGAUGCUCCAGCAGUGACAGUGAGAUACUAUAGGAUCACCUAUGGUGAAACAGGUGGAAGUAGCCCUGUUCAGGAGUUUACAGUGCCUGGCACCGUAUCUGAUGCUAACAUUAGUGGCCUUAAGCCUGGAGUAGACUAUACCAUCACAGUGUAUGCAGUAACAGGCCGUGGAGACAGUCCUGCCAGCAGCAAGCCAGUCACUGUUACGUACAAAAUAGAGAUUAACACACCAUCCCAGAUGCAAGUGACUGAUGUUCAGGAUAACAGUAUCAGUGUCAGAUGGGUGCCUUCAUCUUCUCCAGUCACAGGUUAUCGAGUGACAACUGUUCCCAAGGAUGGCCAUGGGCCCACAAAAACUAAAACCGUCCCUGCAGAUCAAACCGAAGUCACUGUUGAGGGCCUGCAGCCCACAGUUGAGUAUGUGAUUAGUGUCUAUGCUCAGAAUCAAAAUGGAGAAAGCGAACCUCUGUCCGAGACAACUGUUACCAACAUUGAUCGCCCUAAAGGACUGACAUUCACUGAGGUGGAUGUUGAUUCCAUCAAAAUUGCUUGGGAAAGCCCACAAGGGCAAGUCACCAGUUACAGGGUGACCUACUCAAGCCCUGAGGAUGGAAUCCAUGAGCUAUUGCCUGCCCCAGAUGGUGAAGACGACACUGCUGAGCUGCAUGGCCUCAGGCCUGGUUCUGAGUACACUGUCAGUAUCGUUGCCUUACAUGAUGACAAGGAGAGCCAGCCCCUGACUGGAACCCAGUCCACAGCAAUUCCUCCUCCAACAAACCUGAACUUUGUCCAGGUGACUCCAACCAGCCUGAUGGUCACCUGGAAUGCACCUAAUGUUCGUCUCACCGGCUACAGAGUCCGAGUGAAUCCCAAGGAAAAAACUGGGCCGAUGAAAGAAAUCAACCUCUCCCCAGACAGCACAUCUGCUGUUGUGUCAGGAUUAAUGGUGGCAACCAAAUAUGAAGUCAGCGUGUAUGCUCUGAAGGACUCUCUAACCAGUCGACCAGCCCAGGGUGUCGUCACUACCCUUGAGAAUGUCAGCCCUCCCCGGAGGGCCCGUGUAGGUGAUGUUACUGAGACAACCAUCUCAAUCAACUGGCGCACCAAGACAGAGACCAUCACUGGUUUCCAGGUUGAUGCCAUCCCAGCAAGUGGCCAGAACCCCAUUCGAAGGACUAUUAGGCCUGAUCUUAGAAUGUACACCAUUACUGGCUUGCAACCAGGCACUGACUACAAGAUCCAUCUUUAUGCACUGAAUGACAAUGCCCGCAGUUCCCCAGUUGUGAUUGAUGCUUCUACAAAUGUUGAUGCUCCUUCAAACCUGCGAUUCCUCACAACCACAAGCAACUCCCUGCUGGUUACCUGGCAGCCUCCCAGGGCCAAGAUUACGGGCUAUAUCAUCAAGUACAAUAAACCUGGAGCACAGCCUAAAGAGUUGCUUCCCCGACCACGCCCGGGUACCACAGAGGCCACUAUAAUUGGUCUGGAGCCAGGAACAGAAUAUACCAUCUAUAUCAUUGCUAUGAAGAACAAUCAAAAGAGUGAACCAUUGGUUGGCAGGAAAAAGACAGAUGAGCUUCCCACGCUGGUAACCCAAACUCACCCCAAUCAGCCAGAGAUUCUGGAUGUUCCUUCCAUCGAUGAGAGGCCCCCUUACUUCACAAACAACAGGUAUGACAAUGGAAAUGGUAUCCAACUUCCAGGCACCACAGGUCAGCAGCCAUCAAUAGGACACCAGGGACAGCAAGUUUUCUUUGAGGAACAUGGAUUUAGACGGACUACUCCACCCACCACAGCAACCCCCAGUAGACACAGGCCAAGACCGCAACCACCAAAUGUGGAUGAAACAGUUGAACUCGCUAGGUACCCAAUACCACAUGUAGUUGAACCUUCAUAUCCUCACUCCCGUGGGCCAAGGCGCAAUGACACUACAGGCCAGGAAGCUCUUUCUCGGACAAUGAUCUCCUGGAGGCCCUUAUUGGAGAGCACUGAAUAUCUCAUCUCAUGUCUCCCAGUCGGCAAUGAUGAAGAGACUUUGCAGUUCAGAGUUCCUGGAACUGCCUCUAGUGCUACUCUGACCGGCCUUACUAGAGGUGCUACCUACAACAUCAUAGUGGAAGCAUUAAAAGAUCAUAGGAGACAAAAAGUUCUGGAGGAGGUUGUCACAGUGGACAAUACUGUGUCUGAAGGAUUAAACCAGCCAACUGACGACAGUUGUUAUGAUACAUACACUGGCUCCUUCUAUUCCAUUGGAGAGGAAUGGGAGCGAUUAUCUGAAACUGGCUUUAAACUCUGGUGCCAGUGCUUAGGUUUUGGCAGUGGUCAUUUCAGAUGUGAUUCAUCUAAAUGGUGCCAUGAUAAUGGUGUGAACUACAAGAUUGGCGAAAAGUGGGACCGUCAAGGCGAGAAUGGACAGAUGAUGAGCUGCACAUGUCUUGGAAAUGGAAAGGGAGAAUUCAAGUGUGAACCUCAUGAGGCAACAUGCUAUGAUGACGGUAAGAUGUACCAUGUAGGAGAACAAUGGCAGAAGGAAUAUCUUGGUGCUAUCUGUUCCUGUACUUGCUAUGGAGGACAGCAGGGUUGGCGCUGUGACAACUGCCGCAGGCCCAAUGUCGACGCAGCCUCAGAAGGCUCUUCUGGCCAUACCUACACACGUUUUACACAGAGAUACCACCAGAGUACAAAUACUAAUGUCAACUGCCCAAUUGAGUGCUUCAUGCCCUUAGAUGUACAGGCAGACACACAACAUCCACGAGGACAAUAAUAUCUAAUAGGCCUUAAUACAGCAACAACAAAAUAUGCAUCUCUCUCCCAAGAUGACCAUCUGAACUGGAGUGAUGCUAGCAAAACCGCAUCUUUAAGAAUGGCCCCCUGCUCUGGAGUCACUUCCCCAGCUUAAGCUCAACUCACAGCUUCUCCAAGCAUCACCCUUGGAGUGUUUCAGACUUUUCUCAUAAUUGAUAGCAGUGUAUUGCCUCAUUUUGCUCAAAGUAUUUGAUGCCAUUCAGUAUUUUUCAAAUAAAAAUGGUACUGAGUCAUAAAUUAAUUGAGGAUCAAAAUAAUACAUGGGAGGGGAAGAGUGGUGAAAGCUCCCUUGCCAUGCUAACAAAUCUUAAUCGGAAUGACACUACUAAAGUUUAGAGAUAGGAAAGUCCACCAAACACUUCUGCUUUCACUUAAGCGUGCAGCCAGCAAUAACAUAGGAACUGCAAACCCCAUCACUGUGAUAUUUAAAAUAUGCACAGUCUUAAUUCUUUCCAAAUGAUCCUAGUAUUUUUCUAGCUCUAUCUUUGUAUCUCAUACUGUUAUUUAUCAGAAUUUUUCCCUGCCCCUCAAGUGUUUUUAUAUGGGAAUAAAUUGUUUUGAAGACACUCAGUAUGCAGUUGACAAAGGAGAAUUUGGUGUAAUUAUGAUCAGUGAUUAUUUUUUAUACUGUAAGUGCCAAAGCUUUACUACUGUGGAAAGACAACUCUUUUAAUAAAAAGAUUUACAAACCAGA